CCCCUUCCCCCACUGUCGGGUUUCUCCGCGGCUACUGCAGAGGAUUCAGAUCUGAGUAGCUGAGGAGAAGGAGGAGGAGGCUCCCGUCCCUGCGCGCCAUCCACCACCCUACUGGACACGGACGAGGGAACGAGAGCGUCGCCUCUGUAGCCUCCAGAGAAGACAAGGGCAUCGCCGCUUCAGCUGCCGCCGCCGCGGUUUUCGUCUGCAGCAGCUCGCCGGAUCCUCAGUCUUCCACAAUGAACCCGGUUUACAGCCCCGUGCAACCUGGGGCUCCUUACGGCAACCCUAAGAACAUGGCCUACACUGGUUACCCCACAGCCUACCCAGCAGCUGCUCCUGCCUACAAUCCCAGCUUGUACCCGACCAACAGCCCCAGUUAUGCUCCAGAGUUUCAGUUCCUGCAUUCAGCUUAUGCCACUCUGCUGAUGAAACAAGCCUGGCCACAGAACUCAUCUUCCUGUGGCACUGAAGGCACCUUCCACCUCCCAGUGGACACCGGGACUGAGAACCGAACUUACCAAGCAUCCUCUGCGGCUUUCAGAUAUACUGCAGGGACACCAUACAAGGUCCCACCGACCCAGAGUAAUACUGCUCCACCCCCUUACUCCCCAUCACCCAACCCCUAUCAGACGGCCAUGUAUCCAAUCAGAAGUGCCUAUCCCCAGCAGAAUCUGUAUGCCCAGGGAGCCUACUACACACAGCCUGUGUAUGCCGCCCAGCCCCAUGUCAUCCACCACACCACCGUCGUCCAGCCCAACAGCAUUCCCUCUGCCAUCUACCCAGCUCCUGUUGCUGCCCCAAGGACCAAUGGUGUGGCCAUGGGCAUGGUGGCAGGCACCACCAUGGCAAUGUCAGCAGGUACCUUGCUGACCACACCCCAGCACACUGCAAUUGGGGCACACCCUGUCUCCAUGCCCACAUACAGGGCCCAAGGAACUCCUGCGUACAGCUACGUGCCCCCGCACUGGUAAAGCCUGCAGCCCAUCCAAAUCUGGAGUCACAUUGUAUGCAACUACUCGAGUCUUACCGGUGCUGAGCAGUCCCCUAGCAGCACCACCUCUAUUUGCAAGAAGAGACAACGGAAGUGCAAGGGUCACUUUAUGCAUCUUUAAUGGUUUUGAUUUUUAUUUUUGGUUUUUGUAAAAGCUGCUUUUUCUAAUCUCCUAGGAGCCUCCCCUUUGCCUCCCUCUCAGCACUGCCCCUCUGCUCUAGCCCUUCUUCCUACUAACCAGGCCCAGUCCUCUCUGCACUUCUCCCCUUCCCUGAGCACCCUGUCCCUGAGAUCCCAGUCCAGUAGCAAGCAGAGAGUGAGGUUUAUUGUGAUGGUUCAUCUAAAGGCUAGGUUCAUUUGAAGAACAGAUGUGGCCCUCCUUGUGGAAUAGGAACUUGGAGCUGUUGAAAAGGCCACAUCUCUGUCAGAUUGUCAUUUUCUGAAGCAAGAUGAGUUCAAAUACAAAGAAAUAUCUCCUAAGAACCAUCACAACAGACCAUGAACAAUCCCACCUGGUUGUGUAGGAAUGUUAGCAGUUUCAUGUCCCCAGGCUCAGAACCUGGGAAAGCAGAGAAUUUGGGGAAGGGUGGAGGGAGGGGAGACCCUGGGGAGUAGUGUGAAGAAGGGCAGGAGGAUGCUCAGCUCUGGUGAAUGGUCUCACAGGCCCACAUUUCUGGGCCUGGACCUUCUGAUUUGCACAGUGAUGUUAACUGACCUGGCGCUUCCUUCAGAGAUGCUUUGACCUCAAACCUGCCAAGCAGCUGCAUGGUGGUGGGAUCCCAGCAUCUGGAGGCUUCUGAAGGCCAGGUGUAUGCAUAAUCCCACACUUAGCCUGAGCCUCGUGGACCUACUCCAAGGAGCUUCCUCCUGAUGAGAGUGGGAACUGGUGGCAUUUCUCUCCCUUGCCCUUCUGCCCUUCCCAGAGCCAGGGCGCACACGUCUGUCUGUGGGGCUGGCAGGCAGGCCAAGCUCUUGGUUACCUUGUGCCAUGUCACGGCCAAAGUGAAGGAACCACAUUCCAGGUGGGAGCUGGCGGUUCUGAAGGUCAGGAUAGUGAAGGAAAACAAUAGCAAUAAUCAUUUCAUACUCAUGGAACUGAAGGGACCUUAGCACCCAUCAUCUCAUCCAUUCCCCUAUCUGACACAUGAGGAAACUGAGGCCCAGAGAACCAGAAAAGACUUCUCUGAACCUCAUUGUAAAUUAGCAUUAAAUGCAGCCUUCCUACCUACUGGCAUUUUACCUACAAAAUUUUUGCUAGGGAUGGAUUGGCUUGACUUUGUAAAAAAUUAAGUCAGCAGUGCCCACAUCUGGUGAGCUCCGGAAUGACCUCUGGGCGUGUUUCUGCUAUUUUCCCUCACGGACUCCAAAGGUGGGGGCUGAAGACUUAGGCAGAGGCCACAUAGGACAGAUGGCAGAAAUAGAAAUUACACUUGGAAAACCUAUGAAGACAUCUGGAAUGUUCGUCCUGACCCUGACUCCACUCCAGGAAAAGGAGUAGGUGGGCUGGCUGGAAGGAAAGGCUAUGCACUUAGGACUGUAGCUCUUUAUCCUAAGAAGAGAGGAAGAAUGGGAGCAUCAGAAGAGGCGUACAUGGAUGAGGCCAAGCAGAUACAGUCACAUCUGGGAGAAGAAGAGGUACCCCUGGGACAAGGAAGUUCUUCCUAGUCUCAGACAGGAAAUGGAUUGGCCAGCCACCCUCCUGUGUCCAGCUAGCAGAGCUGAAAUCCUCACUGGGAUAUCACAGAAAUAUCUUACAGUGUAAAAUUGGAUCACUGGUAAUAUUUCAGACUUGAAUUAUUUUCACUUUAAAUUCAUUUUAAACUUGGAUAUCACCUUCCUAUUUCCCAAGUUCCCCUAAAGGAAAAAAAGGAAACCCUUGAUCUGGAAUGACCUCAGGAACAGUCUGACUGUCCCCAGGAGGCCAGAGUUCUUCAACAUCUGUAGCAGAGAGCCAGAAGUUAAGGCUCUACCUUCCUGGUCUUCCAGGAACUUCAAGACCAGGAAAUCUCAGCUGUUCUGGGGUGCUGACAAGGUUUCAUUUUAAAACAAACUUUUCCAGUGUUAAUCUGAUUUUAUACCACCUCUCCCUGCCCACUGUGGGUUUGUAUCGGUGGAUGAAGGUUGCUAGAGAUCAUGUCCAACAUGUUAAAAGAAUUCCAAACUGAUAACGGUGGUGAUAGCUGUAGGAUGCCUUUGUCAGGUGCUUCAUAGUUUUGGAGCACUUCACGACCUUUAACAUACUGACCCUGAGAGCAGCAGCAGGGUCCGUCAUUCCACCCACUUGACAAAUGAGGCAGUAGAGUCUAAGAAGAAAUGAAAUGGCCCAACGUGAGCUCAAUGCUGGAUUCCUGGCAGGCUUCCUGGACCCUGCAGUCUCCAGGUGACCUGGUGGAGGAGAACAAAAUCAGACCCAGGAAUGGCCUUUUAACGUUUGUUCUUUCCACACCAGUAAAUAAAAGCUGUUUGCACCCCUCAUUGUUCAUGUGGGUUAGCCCUAAGAGAUGAAGGCAUGGUGCCUGCUAUUUAAUUCAUAGAGAAUCCAAGGCUCAGAAAAGUACAGGGACUUUCUGGUAAGGAAUCCCCUGCUGGCUCUAUUCUUUCUAAGCCUGAUCCAAACAUAGGCUUGUGUUCUGAUCUAAGCAUCUAUGCUCUGCACCCCACCUUAGACCUCGUCUGUGAUUCAAGAUCAGAAAAGCCCCAAGGUGAAAACCAAGUAUUGACAGGCUAUGGUCUAGAAGAACCAGACCCAUUAACUCUUUUUUUAGUUAAGAGCACAAGAGCCCCAGUUCAGCUGGCCUCACCCUAUUGUUUGACAGAGAUCCACAAGUCUGGCCAAGUUUAGUGAGUCAUAGCAAAGGGACUGAGCCCCAGGGCACAGGGUGGUGUGUGCCUCAGGUUAGGUGAACAGCUUCCUAUAAGGUGACAGGUAGCUGGCAGGAGUGCGCUAGGUAUCAUCUCAACAUUUUAGAUGGCUCAAGACAGAAGAGGCCAGAGCUGGAAGGGUCACCUCACCAUAGGAUGAGGGGUGUGCACCUGACACCAUGAGCUGCCAUACCGGCAUCACCAUACACAGACACCUUGUCCACACCCCUUCCUCUCCUCAGUGCAGAGCUGAGGAAGAGGUGCUUCUGUUCACCAGCCUCCCUUGUCACCAUUUGAUCAUCUUCAUCCACCCAGGGCCAGGAAGUCUGGAAACUGAACUACUCCCAGUGACUGAAAGCCUCAGAGUGUCUUGUCAUGCUUAAAACAAACAAAACAGUUUAAAAACAAGCAAAAGCCCUAUUUUUCUUCCUAUAAGGUAAAACACCUUUUCCUUCUUGUUAUCCCAGCAAUGCCCUGAAGUGCAUACCCCUUCCCUGAAUAUUCAUCAGGGACACACACAUCUAUCUGUCCAGACCUCUGUUUGUAUGUAAAGUACUUUGACUUUGAUUGCCAAAACCUCUACUUUAAAGAUGGAGGCAGGGUAUGCAUCGUGAUGCUAUGAAGGGGGUCGGAGACUUGCCAAAGGACACAUAGCUCAUGAGUGAAAGAGCCAAGAUUGAAACUCUUACGAUCCUCUGUUCUUGUUGCUGCCUCCUACUGGAUCUCUUAAGAGUAAGCUUGCUUGAAGGAGGAAGGGGCUACCUGCUACCCCACACAGAAGUGUUUAUGAAGACUUGGGGAGGUUUUUAAAAAUUUCUGAUUUAGGCCAAGACCUAUAAUGGGCUCUGGAGACUUAGAGGUAGAUCCAGCUGGUAGCACAGAUAGGAAUUUGCCACAAAAGACCUAACUCAGAACACUGAUGGUGACAACUGCCCAGUACUGAAGAUAAUUGAGGACAGUAUUGUCCAUCUUUCAACAAAGAGUCUUGCUUCUGGGAAGUCUGCAUACUCAGGCCAUCUGAAUCCUGUCCAGAUCCAACAAAGUACUUUAAUGGGAGA